AUGACAUUAAAAAAGGCAUCUGUCUCUGGUCUUGGUCCACCUGAUUAUUCUGAAUUAUGUGAACAAUUAAGUGAAUUGGAGAUUGGUCUCGAGUUAAGAUUGGAUCUACGUCCAGAAGAUUUCAAGUCAAUAGAUGAACUCGGUAGAGGAAACGGCGGGACCGUAUCGAAAGUAUUGCAUGUAAGAACAAACACAGUAAUGGCAAAAAAGAUUGUUCACGUUGAUGCAAACAUGACUGUAAGAAAGCAAAUAAUGCGUGAAUUACAAUUUAUGCAUGACUGUAAUUCAAAGCAUAUUGUCAGUUUCUAUGGAGCUUAUAUGAAUGGAGGCGAUAUUUCGAUUUGCAUGGAGUAUAUGGAUGCUGGUUCACUUGAUCAAAUCUAUAAGAAGCAUGGACCCUUUCCAUUUGAUGUAUUAAAAAAAGUUGGAUACGCUAUUGUAGAUGGAUUAAUAUAUCUUUAUGAUGAACAUCGUAUUAUUCAUAGAGAUUUAAAGCCUUCCAAUGUUUUAGUUAAUUCUCAAGGUCAAAUUAAACUAUGUGAUUUUGGUGUAUCAGGGCAAUUAAUUAAUUCUGUUGCAGACACAUUUGUUGGUACAAGUUCUUAUAUGAGUCCUGAAAGAAUUAUGGGUUCACCGUAUUCUGUAAAGUCAGAUGUUUGGUCUCUAGGUAUUACUUUAAUGGAAUUAGCAUUUGGAAGAUUUCCCUUCCCUCCUGAAGGAACACCCUUAUCUAUUUUCGAGCUUCUUCAACAUAUUGUUCAUGAACCAGUUCCUGAAUUUCCACCUAAUAAAGACUAUCCUUCUGACUUGAAAGAUUUCGUUGCAAAAUGGUAA